AUGGCUUGUGGUAGUAUGGUCCUGUGGGGUGUGGCCUUGUGGUGUGGCUUGGCCAGUUGGAAUGGGCUAGCCAUGGAGGAUGGAAGGCUGUGCUCCCCUCCUAAUUAUGACUAUGGUGAUGCACUUGGCAAAGCAAUUUUGUCUUUUGAAGGGCAAAGAUCGGGCAAGUUGCCGCCUACGCCGAGAGUGCAAUGGAGGGGAGACUCUGCUAACUCAGAUGGCAUGCCCGAUAAUGUGAAUUUGGCAGGAGGGUACUAUGAUGCUGGGGACAAUGUCAAGUUUGGAUGGCCAAUGUCUUUUACAGUGAGCUUAUUGAGUUGGGCAGCUGCAACGUACCCGAAGAAGAUAUCUGCAGUUAAUCAGAUGAGUUACCUUCGCGAUUCUAUUCGCUGGGGUGCCGAUUUCAUAUUGCAAGCUUACACUCACCCCACCACCCUCUACACCCAGGUUGGAGAUGGAAACAGAGAUCACCAAUGCUGGGAGCGUCCAGAGGACAUGGACACUCCUCGAACACUCUACAAAAUCACUUCCUCUAAUCCGGGAACUGAGGCGGCAGCUGAGGCUUCUGCUGCUCUUGCUGCUGCAUCAAUUGUCUUCAGAAGGGUGGACUCCAAAUAUUCUGCGAAUCUACUCGGACAAUCAAAAUCACUCUUUAAUUUUGCAGACAAGUUCAGAGGAUCUUACCAAGCCUCCUGCCCUUUCUACUGUUCCUAUUCAGGCUUUCAGGAUGAAUUGCUGUGGGCAGCAGCUUGGCUGUACAAGGCCAGUGGAGAUGCCAACUAUUUGAAUUAUGUAUCAAGCAACCAAGGAUGGAGUCGGGCAAUGACGGAGUUCAGUUGGGAUAACAAGUUCGUUGGAGCUCAGACAUUGCUAGCAAAGGAAUUCCUAAUUGGUGGCAAGAAAAAUUUGGAGAAGUACAAGCGAGAUGCUGAUUCAUUUGUAUGUGCAUUGAUGCCCGGAAGUAGCUCUAGGCAGAUCAAAACAACUCCAGGUGGCCUUAUGUUCACCAGAGAUGGUAGCAAUCUACAGUAUGUAACAAGCUCUACCAUGGUGCUAUUUAUCUACUCCAAAACCCUAAGUGCAUCUCAUAUUCUGGGAGUCCAAUGUGGUUCUCAGAAUUUCUCCACCUCCCAAAUCAGAGCCUUUGCAAAAUCACAGGUGGACUAUAUACUUGGGAACAACCCCAAGAAGAUGUCCUACAUGGUGGGCUUUGGAAAUAAAUUUCCAAUGCAGUUGCACCACAGAGCUGCAUCCAUCCCCGCCAUCAAAGUUCUUCCGGCCAAGGUCGGAUGCAACCAGGGAUUUGCAGACUGGUUUUCUUCCAGCAAACCAAAUCCAAAUACUCAUGUGGGUGCCAUUGUAGGAGGUCCUGACUCGAAUGACCAGUUCAGGGAUUCGAGAUCAGACUACGCUCAUUCGGAAACUACGACCUAUAUCAAUGCAGCUUUUGUGGGUUCAGUGGCUGCCUUAACUGCAUCUGCCAAAGGGUGUUUGGAACUGCCACAGAUCAAUAGAACUGCACAAAUUAUUGAUGAAAUUUAGACAAAUACAUCACAUACAUACAUACAUAUGUCAAGUAGCAAUAAAAUCCCAAUUCAUGGGCUUGAGAGCUUGAGUGACUUUGAUUGUAAUCUAUUUAUAACUGAUACAGCCUUUAUAUGAUUCAAUUGGAAGAUGGUUU